CAUAAACGCCAAAUUUUUCAGCUUCGCGUUCUUUCGUCUGUACAAAACAAUAGCUCAACAUUUGCAUAUAAGGUAGAAGAUUAAUAUUUCAUUCGUUUGCAAAUCUCAAGCGCACUCACUUGCGAAAUGGGUGUUCUCUUUACAAGCUUAUUUUUUCUACAAGCAAUCAUAUUUAUUUUUUGUAUAUACGGCUUAUACAGAAAAAGAAAAAAUGGAAUCUGCAAAUCUAAGAAACGACUAGACGGCAUGACCUGCCUGGUGACAGGGGGGACCAGCGGCAUUGGUUUGGAGAUCGCCAUAGACUUCGCAUCAAGAGGCGCGAGAGUGGUAGUAGCGUGUCCCUUUGAAGAAGAGGGAAUAAGUGCUGAGAAAAGGAUCAUCCAAGAGUCUGGGAACGACAACGUAGUCUUCAAAUUAUUGAAUUUGGCAUCUUUAAAAUCCGUGCGAAACUUUGCGGCGGACAUCAUAAAUACAGAACAACGUCUGGAUAUAUUGAUGAACAACGCCGGGAUCGCUAUGAGCAACACACCAUUGAGUGAAGAUGGCUUGUGUUUCACAAUGCAAGUCAAUUAUCUUGGUUCAUUCCUCCUGACUCUAUUACUCCUUCCGCUUCUGGAGAAAAGUGGGACACCGUCUACUCCAAGCAGGAUAGUGAAUACUUCUUCGGCAACACAUUACUUAGCAAGAUGGUUGGACGUGGAAAACUUGGGCGUGCCGAACGAUGCUUUUUGGGGCUUUUUGGGCCCGUUUGUUACGUACGGAAGGAGCAAGUUGUAUCUGGUGCUGUUCUCCCGGGAGCUGAAAAAGAGACUCAAGAGUUCAAAUGUCGUGAUCAAUUGCGUUGAUCCCGGUGAGGUGGGGACUGGGAUUUUCUUAAAUACCAGAUACCGCCUGUUGUUAAUUAGUUUUGCUUAUUGUUGGCUUUUCUCCAAGACGCCAUAUGAAGGUGCCCAGACGCCGUUGCACGCGGCCUUGGACGAGAAGGCCGGGCAAGCGAGCGGUCUGUACUACCGAGACUGCGCGCCCCGUGAAUCAUCAAAAGCUGCCUCCGACGAGGAGCUGAUGAGGAAGGUAUGGGAUAAAUCAGUGGCAUUAGUUAAGUUGAGUGAUGUGGAACUCGAAAAGAUAUUAAAAUAAUAGUGGAUGUAAGAAUUAACUAAACUUUGUUUGUGAGAGAUCUUUACAAUUAUGUUGCAAUAGGACAUUACGAAUUUAUACGAUACCAGACCUUGAUUUGGCGUUUCGUUUCAUCUCAUUUAUUCGUUCCAAAAACAUAGCUGUGAGACUGUAAUUGGCAAGAGUUAUACAGUGUGAGUCACGUUAAAGUGUACAUAUGAAAAUAGA